AUGUCGAUCUGGGACUCCCUCGGCGGCCGCAAGCAAAAGCAAGGCCCCGAUGCCUUCGACCCUUCAUCCGCGCAAGAUGCUACAUCCUUCCUCUCCGAAGUCGCUAUCCCCGAUCCCACUCGCCUUCAUCCCCUGGCUGGUCUGAACCAGGAAACUCUCGACUACCUCUCCCUCGAAGACUCCGCCCUUGACGAACUCCCGGGCUCCCGAUCAGUGUUGCCAUCCCGUGGAUGGUCAGAUGACCUUUGUUAUGGCGCCGGCACUACCUAUCUCACUGCACUCUGCCUUGGAGGCGCAUGGGGAUUCGUAGAAGGAAUGAAAAAGACGCCACCAUCGGCCGCACCAAAGAUCCGUCUGAACACUGUACUUAACUCGGUUACCCGUCGCGGUCCGUUCCUUGGAAACUCGGCUGGUGUUGUGGCUAUGGUUUACAACGGAUUCAAUUCCGCUAUCGGAUACGCGCGUGGCAAGCACGAUGCGUCCAACAGCAUCGUGGCUGGCGCAUUGAGUGGCAUGCUGUUCAAGAGCACACGUGGACUCAAGCCCAUGAUGAUCUCUGGCGGCAUUGUGGCUUCCAUUGCAGGUGGCUGGGCUGUGACGCGAAAGGCUUUCUUCUAG